GGGUUCGCCCCUUCCGCGUUCGCUCCUUGGCCGCGUAGCGGUGGCUGGGCCAUGCCAGGCCGCGGCCUGCUCCCGGCGCGGCGCAGGGAGGAGCUGCCCGGCGGGGCAGUAGCCGCCCCGCGGCGGGAAGGGCUCCGGCGGUGGGGUGGGGGCCGGCUGCGGGGCGGGCCCGCGACUUCGCUUAUGUCAGCCGGCUGUCUGUCUGCCUGCCUGCCUGCCUGCUCCCUUGGAGCCCGGCGGCUCCAUCCCGCCAGGGGCUUAUCCCCCUGUGCCUGUCAUCCCGCCACGCCGCUGCUUCGCCGGACUGACCCACGGGCCUCGGCGCAGCCUUUGUCUUCGAGCCGGCAAAGGCUGCCGGCAAAGCAAAGAGCAACCUGUCGGGUUGCGGAGGAGAGGAUCCUGCUGUUGAAACAGCAGAGGAAGCUAAGGAACCGGCAGAAGCAGACAUCAAUGAGCUCUGUAAAGACAUGUUCAACAAAAUGGCCAUUUAUUUAACAGGUGAACUGACAGCCACCAGUGAAGACUACAAACUCUUGGAAAACAUGAAUAAGCUGACUAGCUUGAAGUACCUGGAAAUGAAAGAUAUUGCUAUAAACAUCAGUAGAAAUCUGAAGGAUUUAAAUCAAAAAUAUGCUGCUCUUCAGCCAUAUCUGGAACAAAUCAACCUCAUUGAGGAACAGGUUGCAGCUCUGGAGCAGGCAGCUUAUAAAUUGGAUGCGUAUUCCAAAAAACUUGAAUCCAAGUACAAAAAACUGGAGAAACGAUGAAAUUUCAACAGUCUUUAAUUUGGAGUUGGGCUAUGAGUCAGACUAAUUUCUCUUUAAGUUGAACAACAGCAAUUCUGUAUGUUGACAAGGAUUUUGUUACAGCUAACAUCAAGACUGGUAACUUUUUCUAUCUAUUGAAUACAGUAGCCUGUAUUCAGGCUUAAGGCUGAAUAAUAUUUUCCUCUUCUCAAGAGGUUCUGUUGCCUCAGUUGUUCUGCACUGAAAAGUAGGCGGCUGUCCCUAACCCAUAUGUUGAUAUUGGCUAUCUGUGUGUUAGUCCUAUUGCUGAGCUAUGUGUUGAGAAGAUACCCUGGCCUUUGGAGUUACAAGCAUGGUAUUGAAAACACUUCAUUUUGGUAUCCACCUUUAUCUGUUUGAAAUAGAGAGACUAAUUAUUAUAAAUUUACAAUAAAACAACCUGCUGCAUUUGUCUCUCUGGAAUCUCAAAUUCCUGUUGGGAAGAUGAUGUAAGUUGUCUUUUUAUUUUUUCAAAGGGUCUGUUAAUAAAGACAAACUCCUUCCAGCUACUGGAGAUCAUAGAAGAGAACACAUUUUAAACUCUGUGUCAAGUGUUUCUGCAAUUAUGUUCUUUGGACCUCAGGUGAAACGGCAAGAAGUAUUGGUUUAUCAUAUGCUCAGUUAACUUAGCAGAUCCUUUCUCUACUUUACCAAUGAAUUUUGAUCCUAGUAGUUUUUGAAGAGGCAUGCACAGCACAAAAAGCUUCUUUACCAGAUGAACAGUGUUCCAAAUUGCUAAUUUAGCAGAGCCCUUCUUACUGAACAGAUACUCCUACUCUAAGGUUUGGUUUUUUCGUACCUGUUGACCCUCACUGGUUCAAGCUGGCUUCUGAGUGAGUUGCAGUCAAGGAUAGUACAAAUGCUGAUGUAGGAAAGAAGUAGUUCAAGCUUCCUACAGGCUAUGUAGAAGAAUGUCUAGUCAGGUGCCAGUGUGGUAAAGAUCACAAUGCUGUCGGUCAGUGUACAGCCACUGUAAAUAGUCAAGAUGGACACUUUUCCCUAGUGUUUAAAACCAGCGAAGCAGAUGAUGUUCGAGAGCCUUCACCAUCACUUUAAAAAUCCUGUGUUUAAACCAGAAAAUACUAUUCUAUACGGCCUUAAUGUAGGAUUUGAGAAAGGUUUGAGUUCAAUUUGAAAAAAGGCCUUUUUGGAAUGAGCAUCUUUAAAGAACAGGGUUUAAGUCUCCCAGAGGUAUCCAGCCAUUUGCAUGUCUAUUGCUUUUAUCCAUAGUUACCUCCCUGAUGACUUUUCUACCUGUGAAAGCAAAUUAGACAUUUUAGUAUUGUUAUCAAAGCAACAUCCUCCAACUCAACAGGAAGAGGUACCAACAGAUGAGUUAUUUCUGUGUUGGAGAAAAUUAUACCAUGUAGAACAUGUUUUAAGAUCUGACAGAUCACUAUCUUCGCAGGAUUUGUGGUGUGUUCUGCUGGACAAGUGGAUGUAGCCAGCCAGAUCUAAAAUCUUUGUGCCUAGAGACUUGCAUCUGAAUGACAGUCUGAACAGUGGCCUGCUUGGUGAUCUUUGAUGCUGGGAGGUGGUACCACAAGAUGGUAGACAAUCUAGAAGUCCUGUUUCUCCAGUGUUUCAUGCAUCUGUAGAUUAUACAAGAGCUAGAUGUGAUUCAGCCAGACUCACCAGUGGUUUUGAUAGCACCAUCCUUUCUCUUUGCCUUUGUGGAGGAGUAUCACAGAUGUUUGGCUGCUGAUGUAAAAGCUUGUGGGUGCUGCUCAGAGCUCCUCUGUUCCCUUGAAUAAUGAAGAUUUCUAAUUACAGCGUAUAGCACUUGCAUGUGGUUGGGAGCUUAGUCCCUAACCCCCUGUAAGUCCCCUCCCUGGCCCAUACCCAUCUUUAAAAACAGAAAGGCACUGCUUCACGUCAGGCUGGAAAUGGUUCUGGAUAGAUGGACAUCAUCUAGAGCUGACCAGCCACUGAAAUGCUUACCAGGGCAAGUGUUCUAGGAUUGAGACAAGACCUCUGAUCUUCCAGCCUAGUGAUCUCUCUGAUUCCCAGCUCUUUCUGGGAAGAUGGCGCUGUAGGCAUAGAGUGGAUGCUGGCACACAAAGGGAUUGUUCUCUGCUGCAGGGAUGCAACUGGCCCUGCACUCUGGCUAGGUGCAGAGGCCAAGAUGAAGGGGUGACUGAGUUGUUUCCCAAGGAAUUACAAUGGAGAGCUAGCUGGCUGCUGACUAGAGAAUUGUGAUCAUCUCUAUGUGGUAAGAAUAAUAUCAAGCGCUAAGCCACCUAAGUAACUGGUCCUAUUGCAUGGCAGCAAGCCAAAUAGAUUCUGAUCAUGGCAGUUAACCUGCAAAUCAAGUAUUGAAUGUAGAACAGAACAUGGCCCAGACACACUCCGUGCUCUAAUGACAGCACAGUGCCAAAGUAGUUGCAAGUGCAUUCCAUUUUUGGAUGUGGACCAUAUGCUCAGACCAUCAAUGGGAGACAGACUCCACAGAUCUAAGCCGGGAAUGGAACUGGAUGUAUGGCAGCCCUGCUCUGUCUUAAGAUGAAUCCCAGUCACCUUCCCUUAACACAUACUGUCCACAUUGCAGUUGGAAUGCCAAAACUCAUAGUUGCAUAGCAAGAAGCAUUCACUGUCACUGGGAUCAUAACAGCAGCCUUGCUGUGUAAAUUCCUGAAGUGGCCAAGAACAGCACAGCUCUCCUCUCUGUUUUGCGUUUACAUCCUCUAGCACUUCCAACUGCCUUGGACCCAGUAGGGCACCUUUUCAUCUUGAGACCAUGGGGAGACACAUAAUAAUGAAGAUGUUUCAAGGCUGCUGGUCUUAAUAGAAAAGAGGAGACCGUUAUGUGUCUCACCAUUCUUAAGCAUGGUUUUAUGUACCAAGCUCAUCCCGCAGCAGCAAGACUGUCCUUCCAUAAUGUGUGCCUGGAGCAUGCUGUGUUGCCAGACAGCUAUGGACAUGACAGCAGCCCAGCAGGAAGUUGUCCUAACGUGGGAGUUAGAUAUAAGGAUUGGCAGAGUGUUUGAGCAGAAAGGGUUGCACUCAAGGAUAGGCUAGUGCUAGCUAAGCAAGAACACAUUCUCAGGGGCAUGAGGGCUAGAGUUUGUCCUCUGCUCAGCAGAGAAUUGGAAAUUUGUGAUUAAGCAGAUUGUGACUGUACAAAACACCACUCUGGAGUACAAGCAUACUAGCUUUAAGCCCUAAUGAGGACUUCUCAGGUCUUCAAAGACAUGUCUGAAAGCAGAGAAUGCUGUCAGCAUCAUGACUAGAAUUAGAAUGGUGCCCUCUAAGACAGUAUCCAUGCAGUUGUUGUUAACAGGUAUUGCUCCUCACCCCUCAAGGCCAAGGGAAUCAAGGGGCUGAGUGACACUGGAUAGCUAAAUACGGUCACAUAAAAGUAAAAUCACUGUAUCUCGUUCCCUCUGUACUUACCUCACCUGAGAAUGCUCAGUCUUCAUGGAGCUUCCUGGCCUCUUAAAGGCCAUCCCACCUCUUAAAGGUCUUUUCCAACCAAAACGAUUCUAUGAUUCCUAGUCAGAGCCCUGAUGUCUGGUUUGUAUGUUUAUAGCAAGGCAAAGAGCAGACUCAAGAAUAGGUUUAAAUGCAUUCCAGUGACACUCCUGUUUGCAUCUGCUUUUGUGGAACUGCAGGCUUAGCCAUGUCUUGUUUUAAUCACAGGUUCAUUUGCUAGUUGCUUUGAUGAAGAGGUACACUCAGCAAAACAGCACGCUGUUGGAAAGGUCUAGGGAUCUGGGUGAUCGGGGCAUAGAAAAUUUCAAAGAAAAAUAAUAUGGCAUUUCUCUGCUCAUUGUCUUUCCUUGACAGGAUUGCAGGAGGGCCACGAGAGGGCGGUGUGUCAGCAGAGAAAACUUCACAAGAUAAAGCAGUAAAGACAAAGUAAGGACCAAAUCUUGUUUGUGUUGAAAAAGUUGCUUUUCUACAUACAGAAAAUACAAUGCUAUUUUAAAACUACAAAGACUAAAACCUCCAGGAACUCUGAAGAUGGAAAUCCAUCUAUCCAUGCAUUGCCAGCAAGUGCUUAGUGUUCUCAGCAUUUCGUGGUGGAAAAGAUAAGAAGAAAGUAGCAGGUGUUUGAAGGGAAGAACAUGGAAGAGAACAGAGGAAAGGGAGGUCUGGCAGAUGAGAGUCAAGGGGCAAAGUAUCUCAUCAAAGCCAUCUAUGCAACUGCUUCAGGGCUGAACUUCAAGACUUGGACUGCAACUGCAAACCAGGGAGUGAAAAAUCAGCCUAGCAAAUACAGCUCUUUAAGCAGAAACAGAAGAGUUCAGUGCCAGCGGAGGAUUUUUUCCCUGCCAUCCCAAGACAGUUCUGCCCAGCUGCUCUUAACAGGUUAUUCUGAAGUCAUCCAAUUUUCAGAGCAGUACUUUGUGGAGAUGUCCGCAGUCUUCAGAACAGGCUCUUAAAUCAUUAGUGGAAACUGCAGCAUGUCUAACAGCUAAAAAUAAUGCUUCUGGAAUGGAGUAUACUUUUUAAUCUGGAACUUUGUGUUCAAUAUUAAUGUUAAACGAUGUCCAAUGGGAUGAUAAUCACAAGUGUAUAUAAUAGCCUGAAGAUAAAUACGUUGUUGUAUUUGCAGCAUCUCAUCAGAGGACAAGCAUAUAAGCAACAGUAAUAGGCAGAAGACAAGCAUGCUAUGAAAGUAUGACAGGGUUUGUGAAUGCAAGGUUUGUUAAUGAUUGAUGUUUGUCCUGGCUUUCUGAUAUUACAGUUGAACAAGGUUAACCUUAAAAAGGUCAUAAAGACUUAAAAAUUAAAGCAGUUC